GGUAACAAGCGGUUGUUUACAUCGGAAUAGAGCAGGCUGUUCGGAAACGUAAUUAUUUUUGUGGCUUUGAAGCUACGACUGGAACCAACAUCUGGUCUAUAUCAAGUAUCUAACUUAUCUGUACGAUGCCCUGAUGGUUCGGGAUGUUGGUUGGUUACAGCAGCAGCUCUGAGGAGGACAGUGAACCCGGAAGUGAAGCGAGGAGUCGAAAUAGCCGAAGAUCAGUGGAGGAAGAUGAGGGAACCCGAGACCUUCCAACCAAGAAGAAAGCCAGAACCGAGGAGCUGGAUCCUAAAACGAGUCUGAUUAUUUCAGGUGAAAAUAAAACGUGCAUGUCCUGCAGACUGCCUCUGCCCGGUUGCCUCCUGAGCAUGUUCCCUGAUGACGACGAUGAAGCACUGAAUGAAGACAGCUCCCUUCAUGGUGGACGCAUCCGCUCCUUCAAGCACGAGAGAGGAAAUUGGGCCACUUAUGUUUACCUGCCUUACCCUCCUGAGGAGGAAUUUGAGGAGCUUUUAGAGGAGUUGCUGUCAGCCUUGGGGGCUCAUGGUCUGAUGCUGACGCAGCAGGAGGAGUUCCACCUGAGUCUGUCUCAGACGGUGGUGCUCAGGCACCACUGGAUCCAGCCAUUUACACAAAGCCUCCAGUCGGGCCUUUCUCAAUGCGGAAGGUUUGCGUGUUCAGCAGCAAUGCUGAAGGUCUACUGCAACGCUGAGAGGACAAGGACCUUCUUGGGGAUGGAAGUGUCCACCGGUCAUGCUCAGUUGUUGGAUCUGGUCCGAGUUGUCGACAAAACAAUGACCGAGUUUCAAUUGGACACUUUUUAUAAGGAACCAUCUUUCCACGUGAGUCUGGCCUGGUGUGUGGGAGACCAGACGGAGAAGAUGAAGGAACUCUUACAGGAGCUGCAGAUUAUGGUAGAUAAUCGUGAAGAAGGGCCGUUUCUGUUGAGGUUGGACUGUGUAGAAGUUCGCUGCAGGACAGGAAACAAGACUUUUCGUUUCUCACUAAAGACCUCGUGAGUGAGCAGACUGGCAUUGAGUCUGCGACUCACAGCUGCAAAAAAACAGAUGUUACAGACGACGGCUUACAAGCAUCAUCAGGCAGUGUAGAGCCACAGGUUGGUUUUUUUUGUACCAAAAAUAAACUAAAUAAAGCUGCUACUUGUUUUGUA